ACUACGUUAGACAUGGAUACUACCGCCGCCGGAUGCCGGCUGUGCCUGUAUCCGUUUUCGGAGAAUUUCGAUUCCAUCGAAAACGCCGAGCUAAAGGAACAAAUGGAGAAAGUCUUUCACUUUGAGAUCAAACUUAAACAGAAAUGUCCGACCAGUGUAUGCCAGACCUGCUCGUAUACCAUUUCCGAGUUCUACAAGUACUCGGAGCGGGUUCGUCAAAAUCAGGAAUUUCUGAUCGGAUGUACAGAAGGAAUUGUUGACGAUCCGUCGGGUGGCGAUAGCAAGGAAGUUCUCGGGCGUGUAAAAUGGGAACCAACUCAGCCGGGCAGCGAUUCCGAGGACGGUUCGGAUGAAGUGCACGAGAAGACAGAACUCAAAGAGGAAUCCGAAGAAGAGGCAGAAAAUCAAUGUGCAAGUGACGAUUCCUAUAAGCCUCCGACCAAAACAACCAGAAGCUCACGGAAGCGAAAACGAAGACGCAGCAAGACACCGAGUGAUGAUUCCGAUUCUGACUACUCGGAUGAGGAUGACGAGGAAUUGCGACCAAAGCGGAAAUGCAACAGGCCACCUAAAUCGCUUGAAGAGAAGAUUCAGGAAGAACGACAGAUCCAGGAGCAUUACCGAAUGGUUUGCGACAUAUGCUGCCAUGCCGAGAAGGAUUAUAGAUUGUUGUACCAACAUUACAAGAAAGAGCACAACCGGAAGGGUUACCUAGUAUGUUGCCAGAAGAAACUGACCAGUCGGAAGAUCGUCCUGGACCACAUUAUCUAUCACACGAACCCGAAUGCAUUCCGCUGCGAUCAGUGCAACAAGAGUUACAAGAACUUGGAAUAUCUAUCGUUGCACAAGCUACACAAGCACAGUUCUGAGGAUCGGGAACAUCCAUUCAAAUGCGACGAGUGCGAAAAAUCCUUCCCGAAGAAGUGCUACCUAAAUCGGCACAAGGAAGGCCACCAGAAAAUUCAGUGCCAGGUGUGCCAUAGGGUUCUGUCGUCCAGCAGUGCCCUCAACGUGCACAUGACCAAUAUGCACAGCGACAAGACCCGAAGCAUGGUGUGCGACGUUUGUGGGCAGGAGUUCCUGAACAAGAUCUGCUUCGAACGGCAUCUGAACGAGCAUAAGGGAAUCGAGGUGCAGAAGCUGCAGUGUCACGUUUGCCGUAAGUGGUACCGAGGCGAGCGCAACUUGCAGAACCACAUCGAGUAUACACACAACCAGAAGGGACGGGAGUUCCCGUGUGACGUGUGCCACCAGAACUAUCCGAACGAGCGGGCCAUGAAGAAGCACAAGCGGGGCGUGCACGUGGAGGAGAAGUUCGAGUGCGAGUUCUGCGGGAAGCGGUUCAAGCAGUCGUUCAAUCUGAAGGAACACCGGACGACCCACACCGGAGAGGUUUUGUAUUCCUGUGACUACUGUGGGAUAACGAAAAACUCCAGGGCCAACCUGUACGUACACGUAAAGCAGAAACAUCCACAGGAAUGGGCGGAGAGGAAAAUGCGAGCGGCGGAAGCGAAUGCUUCCUAGAGGGCGUUAGUUAAGGUGAGCGAAGUAAAAGUGCAGAUAUGGACUAAAUAUGGAGACUCAGAUCGAGAUGUUCUUUGUGCCGAAAUGAUAACUCAUAUCUGAAAGUUUUGGGAAAUUGUAACUUGAUGUUGAUGGAGGUUCUGGUUUUCAGUCUGAUGUUUCGGUUACAUGUCUCGUGCCAUGUUUCAAGGAU